UUUUGUCUUUUUAAAUUUUCUGCUACUGCCCGUUCACUCUGCGAAGGGUAGGGACUUAUCAAAAUGAAUCAGGGCUCGUUUUGCAAAUCAAAAUGAAGUGCAUUUCUGUGGAAACAGAAAGAAAGCGACUCUCCCGCUGUUGGAUUUAGUUUAGGCCUGUAAAAAUGGUAUGAACAAUCGUUUUUUUUUCUUUUCAAGAUUUCAAAACCCGAUCCGAAUUGGUAGCUACAGCUAAAGCCCUUGUGAUACUUUGGAAAUCGAUGUUGGAGAAUCAUGCCGAGCAUUAGAGCUCCUGCCGCAAAGAAAGCCACCACACUUACGGUUGCCGUAAAAUGUAGGCCCUUUACGGAGAGAGAACGGGGUCGCAACAUUGUCCGAGUAAUUGACAGUAAGGAGGUGGUUGUGUUGGAUCCCGACCCAUCCAAGGAUUACCUUGAACGCAUACAGAAUCGAACAAAAGAUAAGAGAUAUGGUUUCGAUCACGCAUUUGGUCCUGGAUGUACAAAUGUGGAUGUCUACAGAAAAUGUAUAUCCUCUGUAAUCUCAGGGGUUGUUCAAGGUCUGAAUGCAACUGUGUUUGCAUACGGUUCAACUGGAAGUGGUAAAACCUAUACAAUGGUUGGGACUAAAGAUGAUCCUGGACUCAUGGUUCUCAGUCUGCAUACUGUUUUUGAUCUGAUCAAAUCAAACAAGAGCUCUGAUGAAUUUGAAGUUACUUGCUCCUACCUUGAAGUCUACAAUGAAGUUAUCUACGAUUUGCUUGAAAAAUCAUCAUGUCAUUUGGAACUUAGAGAGGAUCCCGAGCAAGGAAUAAUUGUUGUUGGGCUGAGAUGUAUCAAGGUUCACUCAGCUGAUAAAAUCCUUGAACUUCUGAAUUUGGGGAAUAGUCGACGGAAAACAGAAAGCACAGAGGUCAAUGCAACUUCUUCACGAUCACAUGCAGUUCUGGAGAUUACUGUGAAAAGGAAACAAAAAAAUAAGUAUCGAAAUCAAAUAAUGCGAGGAAAACUUGCACUUGUAGAUCUUGCUGGCAGUGAACGAGCUUCUGAAACAAAUAGCGGAGGCCAAAAGCUAAGAGAUGGAGCUAAUAUCAACCGGUCACUUCUUGCUUUAGCAAACUGCAUAAAUGCUUUGGGGAAACAACAAAAAAAGGGUCUUGCUUAUGUUCCUUAUCGCAACAGCAAAUUGACACGAAUACUUAAAGAUGGUCUGAGUGGUAAUUCUCAAACAGUCAUGGUUGCUACAGUGUGCCCUGUGGACAGUCAGUAUCCUCACACUGUGAAUACCUUGAAGUAUGCUGACCGAGCAAAGGAAAUAAAGACACACAUUCAGAAAAACAUAGGCACAGUAGAUACACACGUAUCAGAUUACCAACUGAUGAUUGACAGUCUUCAGGUUGAGGUUGGCAGACUGAAGAAAGAACUGGCUACAAAAGAAUCACUCAAAAGUGUCAAACCUGCUGAAAAGGCUGCAGACGAUGAGCUCUCUUGGUUGAAUACAUUGAGCCAUGAAAUAAGUGAAAAUGUUCAGGAACGGAUAAAUUUGCAGAAGGCAUUAUUUGAGCUUGAGGAAACUAACCUUCGGAACCGAACUGAACUCCAACAUCUUGAUGAUGCUAUUGCAAAAAAACAGGUUACUGGAAAUGAUGGAGCAGUUGUGGAGGCUUUGAGAGCAAGACGGCAAGUCAUUCUAGAUAACAUCCGUGACAAUGAUGAAGCUGGUGUCAAUUACCAAAAGGAAAUUGAAGCAAACGAGAAGCAUCGAUGCCAAUUGCAAAAUAUGAUUGAGGAAGCCAUAAGUAACAAUGGUAACAAAACUUACUUGAGCAUUCUCAGUCAAUACAGGAUCCUGGGGAUGGCUAAUACUGAGCUUCAGUUUGAAAUGGCAAUGAGGGAUCAAGUCAUACAUGACCAAAGGGAAGCACUAAGAAAUCUGUGGAACUUGCUCGUGGGAUUAGGGCUUGAGGAAAGAAAGAUAUUUGACCUUGCAGCCAAACAGGGAAUAACAAUUGAAGAUUGGACAUCGACAGCCUAUCUUGGGAUUUCUGACAGGAAACAGUCACCAAAUCUAGUGGAUGGAAGAUUUGCACCCUUGCGAUAUUCUUCAGCAUCUUGCAUCUUCCAGCAUUCUCAACACUUUGGUUCAACUUCAUUUUUGAGAGGGUACUGGGAUUCAGCUGCUACAUUUUGCAGAGAGGAGCAUCUUAACUCCUACUGCGUCCUGUCACAUGAUCACCCUUCAUCAGCAUGUCCGAGGUUGAGUAAGAGUAGUGAAAAUUUGGUUGGUGGCAGGCCAAGUUCAUGGUUUGGCACUCUAAUGAAGCUUCCUCAAAACUUGCGCCGUUCUUAUCCAGGGAUACGAACUCAUUCUUCACCGCAUGGUGAAAGCUGCAUCUCCUCUUCACGUCACAGUGCUGAUCUUGACACUCGGCAGGUAAGGAUGCAUGGAAUACUACCAUGAGGAAACAUUAAAAUCGAGAGUCCUCAUAUGUUGCAAUGAGUAGCAGCUAAGACUUGUAGGAAGGAAAUUGUAUUUUGCAGAAAACUAAAUCCUCAGACUACUCAGAUCUGUCCCACAUCCCACUUUCUUCUAUGGGGCUCAUUCCAUUUGGUUACCAUAAUCCCAAUACUGAAGGUCCCAUUUCAAUUUUGUAUGAUAUUCUUGAAUGCUAGAUCAUCUUUUUCCCCCCUUCCCCUUCCCAUUUUUUCAUUUUUUUAGUGCUAAUAUACAUAUCUGAAGCCUGAAGGGGAAGAAAAAGAGGGAGGAGACUAAACGAGGGUGUAGCUGGGAAUAUAGUAUAGAACUAGCCAACAUCAAUUGUAGACUAUGCUUUGCCUGUAUAUAUUUGUGUACAUUUACCUUAUAUUGAAAACAGCAGUUCUUAUC